AUGUCACAAAGGAUAGAGCUAGUCAACGAAAUGGAAGAUAACAUACAGAAGGACCUUGACAAACAAGAAAAAACCUAUGAAGAUUACACCAUUUAUCUUGAGAACCUUGUCGAAAAAUUCCAUUGCUACAUGUCCUCUACAAACAUUAAGGCCAAUCCAGUCAUAUUUUUACUUUCAGAACACCUGAAAAUUAAACCAAUACCAGAUACCUCAAAACCAGUUUAUCCAUUAUUUACUGCUGGUCAAUGCCAGAAUGCGGAUGUUGCCAAACUUUUGGGUAAGACAACUUUUUCUGACACUAAACCAGAGCAAAGAAAAAUAAAACCAAUGGAAACUGCCUCUACAACCUUAAAAUCAACAGAGAAACAGAGGAAACAAGCCAAACAAAAAUCUGACGUGAAACAAACGGUGCCUUUUUCUUCCUAUGUCAGGGAGUACACAAUACCAGAUUUUGACAGUGUGUAUCAUUUAUCAUUAGGUAAAUCAGGCAGACUUUGGGUCAGCGAUGACAAGGGGAGACUUGUAAAAACAGAUGGGCAAGGAAAUCUGCUACAAAAAAUACAAACCAGUGGUAAAGAUUGUGGCAUCCAUACAGUCACACUGAACGGGGAUCUAAUCUAUUUGGAUACAGACAAUAAAGUUUUAUUUAAGAUUGCAAUAAAUAAUGCAAUAACUAAAUUUGUUGAAACAGGAGCUAGGUUACCACUUUGUUUAUGUUCCUUCCAUAUUAGCGAAGACAUAUUUGUUGGGAUGAUAAAGGGUGGAGAAAGUAAAGUCACCAGGUACAACAAGACAGGGAAAAAAAUACAGAACAUACAGAGGGACAACAAAGGACAGGGGCUGUAUAGUAACCCACGCUACAUUACAGAAAAUAUCAACGGUGAUAUCUGUGUGUCAGACCUAAGAAAGAAGGCUGUAGUGGUGGUGAAAAAAUCAGGACAACACAGGUUCUCCUACAAAGGUCGGGGGGCAGUGCUUUAUCCAUUUGGUUUAUGUACAGAUAACUCUGGUAACAUUGUAGUGUGUGACAGUAUGAAAAACACAAUUCAUCUCUUGGAUCAGGACGGUCAGUUCAUAUUUCAACUACUCACAGGACAGCACGAGGUAAAGCUUCCCCGUAGUGUGUGUGUGGAUGAUGAAAACAAUAUUUAUGUUGGACAAUAUAAUACUAACGCAUUGAAAGUGUACAUGUAUCUUCAGUGA